AUGUUCCUCAAAAAGCCAGAUUUGACCGCUGGCUCGCGCCCGACCUUGUCUCAAGAUGAGGUCCUUCUAUUCGUUCAGGACGGAGUUGGGCUUUACGAAGGGAAAUACAAGAUCGACUCUUGCCAGAAAGGACAUGCAUAUUUGACUUCUCAUCGAGCCUGCUACGUCGACGACGCAGAUCCUCGAGCCAAUUCAUGGGCGGUUGAUCUCAGAGAUGUUGAGAGACACGAGUUCCAAGCUGGAUUCCUCAAGUCGUCGCCGAAGGUCACCUUGUUUCCCAAACCGCCCAAACGACGACUUGGCUCGAUAAGUAGGGCUGGGCCGGCACAGUCGCCUCGAUUUCAGAGGGUAGCGUCUUCUUCAACUCCAUCAACACGCGCUUCCAGUCCGUUUCGUUCAUCGACAAUCUCUCCCACCCCACCACCGCUAGUCACUGGCACUUGGGUGUGCCCCAUCUGCUCUUUCUCCAACCCUGUACCCUCCAAUUUUGAUCCUACAAUCGCAACUGAAUCAUUUCCGCUGCCACCUUGCCUGGCUUGUGGUAUCAAACCGCCUUUCUCACUUGUGCUCAAAGCAGCUGUUGCUGCCAAUGCGAAGCGCCUCCUUGGAACUCGACCAGAAUCUAUCAAUCUCACAGCCGACUCCCAGACUCAGUCUUAUGGAGAUGAAAUUUCUUCAGAAAGCAUCACUUGUCCCCGAUGCACAUUUCACAAUCAUCCUUGGAUGCGCAUCUGCGAACUGUGCUCUGCUCCCCUUCCAGCGCCAGAUACUAUACAGAGGCAAGCUCUCGAAGACCCAUUCGGUCGGUCUCGGUCACCAGGGCCUGAAAUAUCUGGCCUUUCUUUGGAGGAGGAGCAUGAAACUCCAAGUGUCAAGUUUUCUUUUCGGAACGGAGGUGACCGAGUCUUCUACGAGCGACUCAAAAACGCAAUGAUACAGAGAAAGUGGUUGUUGCAGAAUGCGCCUCCCAUCCCCCGACCUGAUGGUGACCGUACGCCAACACCAUUUAGCGGGACGAGUCCUGUGCCAUCAUCCGAGUCUCGAGCAGUCGCCGUUGGCAUUGCUGGACUUGAGCAGCGUGGACUUCAAACUCGCAGGAACAACGAAGCGGUGCUUGGCAAUGCUUUUGAAGAUUUAGAAGCUCUGAUGGCGUCAGCAAAAGAUGUCGUUGCCCUGGCAGAGCGAUUUGCGCUAGAGUCGGGAUCGCAGACAGGCUUGUCCGGGGCCCCAACGGACCCUCUUCUAUCUCAGUCGGCGGCAGCACUGGGUAUGGUUGCAACGAAAGAUAUGGUCGGGGACAACUCCACUGCGCUAUACAUCUCUGAGCUGGCAAGGAAUUUGGCUGAAUACGCUACAGACGACCGACAAGGCAUAUUACGACGCCAAGGCGGCACGAUGAGUCUGGUUGACCUGUGGGCGAUGUUCAACAGAAGUCAGAAUGGGGUGGAGCUAGUCAGCCCAUCUGACUUCCACAAGGCGGCCGAAGCGUGGGAAAAGUUGGGCCUGCCCAUCAAGCUGCGCCGUUUCAAAAGUGGACUGUUGGUGGUGCAACAGCGCAAUGCAAGUGACGAGAAAACCAUCGGCCAGAUCAGGGCGUGGCUCGAUUCACUACGCCUUGCGGCAGCGGCAACAUCGCCAGAAGCAUGGGAUAGGUCAAUCUAUGGCGUUGGAGUAACAGCACAGCAGGCAGCCGCACAGUUCGGCUGGAGCCUCGGUGUUGCCGCCGAAGAACUUGAAAUGGCAGAGGAGAGAGGAGCACUCUGUCGGGAAGAAGGCGUGGAGGGUUUGAAGUUCUGGGUCAACUUCCUGCUCGAAGAUGACUAG